ACCACUGAAUACAACCAUUUAAUAGAUGUCUAUAGUCUGGAACUCAUUGGAGCGAAAAUAUUUGGUUUCGAUUCCGACGAUAUCAGAGACGGAGUAUUUGAGUUCGAUUUUAACAGUAUUAUUAACUUUAAUCUGCGGCUAAAAUUGGUUCAAAUGUACACUUUAUUGGUGUCAAUGAGUGUUAGUAUAUAUACAGAGAAUUGUGAAGAGAUUAAGGAUAUAUGGAAACAAAGGCCCGAAUGUGAAAUAUUGGUCAAAUUGUCUUAUCGGGGAAUUAUUUUCGGGCAAAUAGCCAACCUGAUUAAUAGUGGUACUAAAAUGUGCAGAAUAGACACCAGCUGUAUCAUAAAUGGUCAAAAUCGGCAAAUGAUCAGAGACGGUCGAGUACUGCCCAAUUUUCAAAUCACUCGCCUAUUGCUUAUAGCAUUAACAAAAGGUGAUUCACAUAAUGAUUGGUCGAUCACA